AUGCACCUCACGAACAUCACCCCCACGGGUUCGAGUAAUGGUACUGCCACGACCCCAGAAGGUACCACCAACCUCAUCCAAGACUCCUACACUAAAAUGACCUCGGACAUCUUAGCUGAAAGGACUUUGAAUGACUUUCUGAGUGAGCAUCCUGGAGAACUGGUGAGGACGGGGAGUCCUUUGUUCGUGUGUACGGUAUUGCCUCCUCAUUGGAGGUCGAACAAGACCCUUCCGGUGGCUUUCAAAGUGGUGGCAUUGGGCGAUAUCGGUGAUGGCACAGUGGUGACGGUGAAAGCGGGCAAUGACGAGAAUUACUGUGCGGAAUUGAGGAACAGUACGGCGGUUAUGAAAAAUCAAAUAGCUAAGUUUAAUGAUCUAAGGUUUGUCGGAAGAAGUGGUAGAGGGAAGAGUUUCACCUUAACGAUAAUGGUUUCAACGAGUCCGCCCCAAGUAGCGACCUACAAUAAAGCUAUCAAAGUUACUGUUGACGGUCCUCGUGAGCCUAGGUCCAAAACAAUGCUUUCCCUUCUAGGACAACAACAGCAAUUUCACUUCGCCUUCGGUCAACGACCCUUUCCCUUUGCUGCCUCUGAUCCGUUAUCAGGAUUCAGGAUGCCGCCUAUAGGAAACUGUAAUAGUGAGUAUCGUAGUUCAAUGAUUACGUUCGGAUGA